GCCUGUCAUGCGAGCUUGCUAGGUAAACUCUGCUCUUUGCCUCUUCCAGUUGUUGCCUCAUCUGUAGAGACCACUUUAAAUGUAGGACCAGGACAAGAUGGCGGAUUUAUCUUUGCUCCAAGAGGAUUCCCAAGAGGAGUUAGACGGAUUUGGUGUGGAUGACUACUCAGAGUCUGACGUCAUUAUUAUACCUUCAGCCUUGGAUUUUGUAUCGCAAGAUGAGAUGCUGACACCACUGGGAAGACUGGAUAAAUAUGUUGCAAGUGAAAACAUUUUUAACAGACAGAUGGUGGCCAGAAGUUUAUUGGACACAUUAAAAGCUGUUAGCGAGGACGAGCGAGAUUGCAUUGCAGUCUUGGAACGAGUGAGCAAGCUGGCUGACGAUUCAGAGCCCACCGUUCGAGCAGAGCUCAUGGAACAAGUACCCCACAUUGCCAUUUUCUGUCAGGAGAACAAACCUUCCAUUCCAUAUGCCUUCUCUAAGUACUUGCUGCCAAUUGUAGUGAGAUACUUGGCUGAUCCGAAUAACCAGGUUCGCAAGACGAGCCAGGCGGCUCUUCUGGUGCUGCUGGAGCAGGAGCUGAUCGACCGGGUGGACAUUGAGAACCUGGUGUGCCCUGUGCUUGUGGACCUCACGGCCCCGGACAGCAACGAUGACGUGAAGACGGAGGCCAUGGCGAUCAUUUGCAAGAUGGCCCCCAUGGUGGGGAAGGACAUCACAGAGCGUCUCUUCCUUCCACGUUUCUGUGAGAUGUGCUGUGACUGCAGGAUGUUCCACGUGCGCAAGGUCUGUGCAGCGAAUUUCGGAGAUAUUUGUAGCGUUGUUGGUGGGGAGGCAACCGAAGAGCUGCUGCUGCCACGCUUUUUCCAGCUCUGCUCGGACAACGUGUGGGGGGUGCGGAAAGCCUGCGCCGAGUGCUUCAUGAGCGUUUCCUCUGCCACGUCGCCCGAAGUGCGCCGGACCAAACUCUCAUCGCUCUUCAUCAACCUCAUCAGCGACCCCUCGCGCUGGGUGCGACAAGCUGCCUUUCAGUCUCUGGGUCAGUUCAUCUCGACAUUUGCCAGCGCCUCCUCUAACGUGGGCCAGUACUUCAAAGAGGGAGGGGAGGAGGGCGAGUGGACCGCUGAACACUCCCAGAAAAACAGUGCUGAGGAGAAGUCAUCAAAUUCGGACACGAAUGCUGCACAAGAUUCUCUCACUGCUGCUACGGAGAAGAGUCCAGAGGAUUCCCCUGUCGAUGUGGAACAGAAGGAUAAUGUGACCUCUGACGUCUCUCCGGACUCCACUUCCCAGAAUUCCUCUCACGCUCAGGGUGAUGCGGCGAGCUCAUGUCGGAUGGAAGAGGAGGGGAACAUGGACGUUGCCGAAGAGGGUGGAGGAGAGCAGGCCGCCGAGGCUCUGAACGGCGACAUGUCCUGUUGCCACGGCAACACUGACUCCAGGUGCCUCCUGGGAGAAGUGGAACCCUUGCACAACGCCUCGGAACCUGACCCAGGCCCUCCGAAAGAAGAACCUCCCUACCCGCCCGAGGAGCCCGCCGCGGAUCAACAGCAACCCCCCAACUCGGCACAAAGCACCACGGCAGAGGAGCUCCCAGACACACCGCAGAACAAUCCAGAGGGCGAGAACCCCGUCUCGUCCGCCGCCGCCGCCGUCGUCGAAGACUCCGCAGCAGCAGAGGCCAGCGACUCCUCGCCCGCAGCGGCCUCUCCUGUCCAGACGGAGGACAUCCCCGAGCAGGAGCUCUACAACUCCUUCCACUUCUGGAGGACGCCCAUCGCCGAGAUCGACCUGGACCUGGAGCUGCAGGAGGAGCAGGAAGAGGAGGGGGCGAGCCACAGCACGCCCCCCAGACGCGCAGGGCCCCCGGUCAUAGGGGCCAACAUGCUCUCCCCGGCCCUGGGCAGGAAACAGCUGGAGGAGCUCAUUGAGAAUCUGGAACCGCACAUCGAUGACCCAGACGUGAAAGCACAGGUGGACGUGCUGACGGCCGCGCUGCGGGCCACGGCCCUGGAUGCGCACCUGGAGGACGCCUACCUGGAGCCUCGCCCUGCCCAGGUCUCCCAUGACAACCCCUUUGAAGUCCACCAGGUGCCCCUGUUGGACUCCAGCGACCUGGAGAAUCAGGAUCCCACCCUGCAGAUCAGCCACGGUGAUGACUCGGACAUGAGCGACAGCAGCAUGAGUCCAGAAGAGGAGAAGAGAUCCAAACAGCAGGACGUGGUUCCGCAGGCCCUGCUGGAGCAGUAUCUGUCCAUGACGGACCCGUCGCGGGCCCAGACGGUGGACAUGGAGAUCGCCAAGCACUGUGCCUACAGCCUCCCGGGCGUGGCGUUCACCCUGGGCCGGCAGAACUGGCACUGUCUGCGCGACACCUACGAAACGCUGGCCUCGGACAUGCAGUGGAAGGUGCGGCGGACGUUGGCGUUCUCGAUCCACGAGCUGGCGCUCAUCCUUGGGGACCAGCUCACGGCCUCAGACCUGGUGCCCAUCUUUAACAGCUUCCUCAAGGACCUGGACGAGGUGCGGAUAGGAGUGCUCAAGCAUCUCUACGACUUUCUUAAGCUUUUACAUCAAGAGACGCGGCGCAAGUAUCUCUACCAGCUUCAGGAGUUCCUCGUCACGGACAACAGUCGAAACUGGCGCUUCAGAUCCGAACUCUCUGAGCAGCUGGUGUUGUUACUGGAGUUGUACAGUGCACAGGAUGUGUAUGACUACCUGAGACCAUUAGCCUUUAAACUUUGCACAGACAGAGUGUCAUCUGUACGGUGGACGUCUUACAGACUGGUGAGCGAAAUCAUCAGAAAGGUGUCUACCUGUCCGUCGCUGCUUGUAGAUUUUCUUAGUGAGCUGGUGGAGAAAUUCUGCCACUGUCCAAAGUGGUCAGGGAGACAAGCUUUUGCUUUCGUCUGUCAGCUGGUGAUAGAGGAUGGCUGUCUGUCUCUGGAGCAGUUCUCUGAGCACCUGCUGGCGCCCCUGCUGCAGCUGGCCACAGACCCCGUGCCCAACGUCAGGGUCCUGUUGGCCAAGACCAUCCGCCAGAGCAUCCUAGAGAGAGAGUAUUUCCUGAACUCGGCCAACUGUCACAACGAGGCCCUGGAGCAUACGCUGGUAGCCCUGCAGAUGGACAUGGACAAGGACGUCAAGUACUUCGCCAGCGUCCACCCCAGUAGCACGCGCAUCAACGAGGACGCCAUGAGCACCACCUCCUCCACCUACUGAGCACACACGCACGCACACACACACACACACACACACACGCACAUACACAUACAUACAUACAUACAUACACACACACUCACACACAUGCACAGACACACACCUUUGGCUACCCCCUUUCCUUGGGUCGGAUCGGGAUUUGAAAUGAGUUUAUUUUUCACCUACUGAGCACACAACUCUUUCUGUCUGUUUCUUUCAUACACACGCACACACGUAUACGCACACAAGACAUGCUUACUGUCCUUUUCCAGGUCCGAAACAUGGGCAUAGGAACUUGGGCACGUAAAGCUUCUAUCUCUCUCUCUUUCUUUCUUUCUUUUUCUCUCUCUCUUUCUCUCUUUCCUUUUCUCUCUUUCUCUCAUUCUUUCUCUGGUUUUCUCUCUCUUUCAUACACACACACACACACACACACACUCAUACAUGUCUAUAAAUAAGCUCUCAGAUUAGUGUUCCAAUUCUGAUGCACACAUACAGAGUCAUCUGACACACACACACACACACACACACACACACACUUUGCACAAGCCUCCACCUCCAUUCUCGAUCACAAAUAGAUAAACAUUGUCAAACUUGAUUUUUCUUCUCUCUCUUACACACACACACACACAUAUACAUACACACACACACACACACACACUGUGACUGUCCCCCUCUUUCUCCAAGCCUUGGACAGGGCUUUGGGACAGGGUUGGCCCUGCGGGGACUAUGGACCAUGGCAACACCACAAGGGGGCGCUCUACUGGAGGUCCUCCUGCUUGGACGCGACUCACUACGACAAAGAAGUAUCUAGUGCAUUCUUUUCUGUUUCUUUUGCCACAGAAGCCUUAAAAGAGUCUUCCUUAAACGAGAGAAUACUUGAAUGUUAUGAGCAGUUAUACGGCAGCACCCAACUACACAGAAUGACGACAAAACACAAACGAAAAGAAGGAAAAAAAAGUUAACGGGAUGGAGGAUGUCGGACCAUUUCUCCCCACUUUUCCUCUUUCCCAGUCUCUCUACAUCUCUUUUCUGUCUACCCCUCUUUCAGUAGGACCUCAGAAUCUUGACCUAGCCGGAAAAGCCAGUAUUUUCACAGCUUUAUGGAACCGCAAUAUAGCAGGAAAAGACAGGUAGUGCAAAAUGUUUAAGGUGUAAAAGUCUUCGCAAUUGAUUGACUGAUUGAUUGAUUGUUUUUUUUUUCUUUUUUUUUUUUUGUUUAUUAUGUUUGAUUCCUUUUUUUGAUACUGUAAAUGAAUACACUUCGUAUGCUGCAUAUUACGAAAUACGUCUGCACCACUGCAGCCUUGUCGGUGCGCGCCUCUGACUGGGGGAAAACGUUUCUUCUCAAGGGCUUUUGGCCUCUGUUGUUUUAAAAACCUAGUGCAGCACAUUGUUGUACCCAAGGACGAGGGCGACCCUACACCCCCCCCCCCCCCUCUCCCCACACACACACACACACACACACACACCCCCGACCCUCUGCCGUGCUGGGGAACCCCUCGCUCCCCAAAAUGAUGAAAGAGGAAGAGAGAAACGUAUUGUAUUUUAUAUGGAUGUCCGGCUGUCCCUAGAACAUGCAGAGAGCCAGCCAGCAACGCAAGUUUGGUACAGCCAAGGCCAGCACACUCAAGUUCACUCGAGAACCUGUAAUGCAUUUUAACGAGAAUAAAAUACCACCCUCCCCAAAAAUACCCUUUGACCCCACCCCAAAUCCUCCCCUUUCUUCACACUCAAUGUGUACAUAUCUUUAGCAAUGGUUUUGGGUUUUUUCCAUUUUGAUCAAGGAUCAUGACUAGUAUUGUGAUACAAAUUUGUUCUUUUAACUUGUCCAAAAUAAAAUUAAGAUACCUCAA